AGCAGAAGCGUCCACAGGCUCAUGGCUCCGAGUCGACAAAUUGCUCGGGGCUCCAUCUCGGCCGCAAUCGGUAUCCAAGUCGUCACUAACAGUUAAACCCGUGUCUACGACAGGCACCUUUUUCUCCCCUUCUUCCAGUUCUUCUGCUACACUGACCUUUGCAGUUGCGGUUCAUGCGCUUCUUCUGCAUACUACAAGUCUGCUGCCGAAUAUGAAGAGGACAAUGGAGGCAGUUAUAUGUCGUUGAAUCAAUCCCACCCACCAGCUCGAAUUUUGGUCAUGCACCUAAUGCGCAGCUCGCUGCUGCAACCGUUCAGUCCAUUUCAACACCAUGGUCCAAAAUUGUGUCAACUAGACCAGAAACUCCUAUUCUCUCUCUAUAAUUCAGCCCCUAGACACUCGCGGAUAACAUGGCGCGGCUCUCAUAUAUCUGCGAAACCAGGUCGGCCCGACAACAUCCACCAUAUUCAGCCGAUCUCAAUCCUGUUCAAAUACGCCCCGGCACCGAAUCCGGUCACUUCAUCCUCCUCCCUGGGAAUCGCGGCGCGGGUCAGGUAUUUUUCAAAGUCUACUGUGGUUCGGGAAAGCCCAACUCCUGUGAUUCGAGAACAAUCUAGGUCCAAGAUCAACGAUGACGCCGAUGAAGAGGAGGCUUUCGAGAAAUCGGAAAAGGCUGCCCAAGCCUCUCAGGUCAACUUGAGCGCGAGAUUAUCAAAAGAGGGAAGCACCGUCAAGAACGCAGGCUUUGGUGAAGUUUGGCGGCUGAUCAAGAUUGCUCGGCCGGAGGCCAGGGUGCUGGUCUGGGCAUUCGUUCUCUUGUUGAUCUCAUCAGGCAUUACCAUGUCUAUACCAUUUUCGAUCGGUAAGAUCAUGGAUAUUGCUACAAAAGGAGGAGCGAAAACCGAGGGCCCUGAAGCUGAAGAGAAGUCGGACAUGCUAUUUGGGUUGAGCCUGACCACCUUCUACACCGGCCUGGUCUGUAUCCUUGCGACUGGCGCAGCAGCCAAUUACGGUCGUAUCAUCAUUCUUCGAAUCGUGGGGGAGCGGAUUGUCGCUCGCCUCCGCUCGAAACUCUUUCGCCAAACAUAUGUGCAGAAUGCAGAGUUCUUCGAUGCGAACCGCGUGGGAGAUCUGAUCUCGAGGCUCAGUUCCGACACCAUUAUUGUGGGCAAGUCUAUCACUCAGAACUUGUCUGAUGGCCUUCGCGCCUUCGUCAGCGGGGCAGCUGGUUUCGGCCUCAUGGCUUGGGUGUCUCUCAAGUUGACAGGUAUAUUGGCCUUGCUCUUCCCCCCCGUGGCAAUGGCCGCUUUUUUCUACGGUAGAGCGAUUCGAAACCUCAGUCGCAAGAUCCAGAAGAAUCUAGGGACAUUGACAAAAAUCGCCGAAGAGAGGUUGGGCAACGUGCGUACGUCACAAGCAUUCGCCGGCGAAAUCCUGGAAGUCCAUCGCUACAAUACACAAGUUCGCAAGAUAUUCGACUUGGGAAAGAGAGAAUCAUUAAUCAGCGCUACCUUCUUUUCCACCACCGGUUUCAUGGGCAACAUGACCAUUCUGAGUCUCCUCUACGUGGGCGGCGGGAUGGUUUCAAAUGGCACCAUCAGCAUUGGUGAGCUCACCUCUUUUCUCAUGUACACGGCCUAUGCGGGGUCAUCUAUGUUUGGACUUUCUUCGUUCUAUUCAGAAUUGAUGAAGGGAGUCGGGGCUGCGUCCCGACUGUUUGAGCUGCAAGACAGGGAACCAACCAUAUCCCCCACCAAGGGUACGAAAGUCGUCUCUGCACGAGGUCCCAUCAGAUUUGAAAAUCUCACCUUCAGUUAUCCCACACGACCUGCCGUCAAGAUCUUCCAGAAUCUUGACUUUGAGAUCCCUCAAGGCUCCAACGUGGCCAUCGUCGGCCCUUCAGGCGGUGGGAAGAGUACGAUCGCGUCUCUCAUCCUGCGAUUUUAUACCCCGUCGGAAGGACGAAUUUUGAUCGAUGGCAAGGACAUUUCGACGUUGAAUGUCAAGUCACUCAGGAGAAAGAUUGGUAUCGUUUCGCAGGAACCAGUCUUAUUCUCCGGGACAAUAGCAGAAAACAUCGCAUAUGGUCGGCCACAUGCUACCAGAGCUGAAAUUAUGAGAGCCGCAAGAAGAGCGAAUUGCCAGUUCAUCAGCGACUUUCCUGAUGGCUUGGAUACCUUUGUUGGCGCCCGUGGAACUCAACUUUCAGGAGGACAGAAGCAACGGAUUGCUAUUGCCCGAGCCCUGGUAAAGCAACCUGAUAUACUAAUCCUCGAUGAAGCUACCUCUGCCCUUGACGCCGAGUCCGAGACUCUAGUCAACGAAGCAUUGGCUUCGCUACUUAAAGGCAGUAACACGACCAUCUCCAUUGCUCAUCGUCUCUCCACCAUCAAACGUUCCGACACCAUCAUUUGUUUGGGCAGUGACGGCCGCGUGGCCGAAAUGGGCUCUUACAAAGAUCUAAGCAGUCGCCCUGAUGGCGCAUUCACCAAGCUCAUGGAGUGGCAGAUGAGCGGCGGAGAAGCACCACGCAGCGAUAUUGAGAAUUUGGCAAUUGGUGCAGAGCACACAGGGCCGCCCAACGAGCGCGACGAAAUUGAAGUCGAAUUGGAAGAAGCUGACGAAGUCGAAGCCGAUGAGGAGAUUGAGGGCAGCAAAGCCCAAGAAACUGUGAAGAAGGCUCUGGAGAAGAACCCGAAGCAAUAAACGUGGCUCUAGGAAUGCGAGGAGCACUGGGAUGGGCGGACUGUCGAGACUCGAGAGCGAAAGAGCUCGCGUAUAUUGUGGUAACGGCACACUUUGGGAGAUGUGUUACUGAGGUCGUAUGAAUGAAAGAAUUCCCAGCUCAAGCAAUAUCAUUACUCUGGAAUAUUAGUCGAUACCAGGGAGUGUAUUCAUAUAAAUAUCCAAGGUAUCUGAAGAUAUGAAGUACCAUAUCCCAGAUAUCCACUCGUACUCGU